AUGGUGUCCCCUGCCAUUGCUUUGGCCUUCCUCCCCCUCCUGCUGACACUGCUCAUCAGAUACCGCUUCUACUUUGCGUUGUUCUACCGAGCCAUCCUGGUCCGCCUUUGGAAGGACUGUGUUACUGGCCUGAGCCGUGAGGAGCGGGCCUACCAGUAUGUUCUCACCCAUGCUACCCCGGGGGACCCUGACAGCAUCCUGGAAGCUUUUGAUGAGUGGUGCAGCAAGGUGGAGUUCAUCAGUAACAUUGGACCUAAAAAGGGAAAGAUCCUGGACCGGCUGCUGGCAGAGCAAAGUCCUCUUACGAUCCUGGAAUUAGGUACCCACUGUGGGUACAGCACUGUGCGUAUGGCCCGGUCUCUGCCACUGGGUGCCAGGAUCUACAGCAUUGAGAUGGACCAAAGAAAUGCUGCUAUCGCUGAGAAAAUAAUCCGCCUGGCAGGCUUUGAUGACGACAGUGUAGAGCUGAUUGUGAAUCCAUCAGAUGAAGUGAUCCCACGCCUGCGGUCUGAUUUUGGUUUGGAGAGACUGGAUUUUGUCUUCAUGGACCACUGGAAGAAAUGCUACCUUACUGAUCUGCAGAUGUUGGAGGGCUCUGGUCUGCUCGGAAAAGGAUCAAUGAUUGUGGCAGACAAUGUGCUUUUUCCUGGGGCUCCCAAAUUUCUCAGACACCUACGCAAGAGCGGCUUGUAUGAGUGGAAGAUCCACCGUGCCACCCUGGAGUACAGCAAGGGUAUCAGGGAUGGGAUGGCAGAACUGGUGUACCAGGGGAUCAAGUAG